AUGCAAAGAUAUUUACAGAAAGUUCUUUUAAAUGCUUUUAAAAGGAAAACAGGUAAUGGCUUUAACUACCUGAGUAUAAAUUACUUAAACAAUUUUUGUACUGAUAAUGUUAAUAAUUCAAGUAAAGUUUUUCAUAUGAAUAAGAAAUGCAUAACACGAUAUUGGGCCGAAAGUACAAAUAAGAAAAUUCAUGAUUCAAAAAUUAAUGAAUGGAGAGAACAGUUUAAAAUUUUAGCUGAUUAUGAUGACAAAGAUUUAAUGAUAUGGAGAGAUUCUUUUAAUAAAAUGGAUAAAGAUAAAGAUAAUUUUAUUUCUCAUGCUGAUUUGCAAAAAAGUGAAUGGAGUUUAGAAAAAUAUAAUUUAUUUCAAAAUUAUGACAUGGAUAAAAAUAAUUUAAUUGAUUUUGGAGAAUAUAUACAAGCAGUUAUUGAUAUUGACACACAGUAUUUCAAGAAUUUUUUUCAGGGUUUUAGUAAAAUUGAUAUAGAAUUGGAAUUUCAAAAGUACGCUAUUACUGAAAAGGAAAAUAAUAAAAAAGUAAUUCCCUUAUCGAAGUUAAUGCAAAUGAUAAAAGAUAAAGAAUUCACAUGUGUGACAGAAACAGAUUCCCUUAAAUUGUUUAAAUCGAUGGACAUGAAUAAAGAUGGAUCAAUAGAUUUUGAAGACUUUCUUGCUUGGUUAGGAAAAGAGUAA